AUGAUAGAUAGAAAUAAUCGGAAGUGCUGCAAUUGUAAUCGGGUCGGCCAUAUUGCGAAGGAUAUUUCUAAGUGCGUCGCUAGAAACGUUACAUGUUUCAACUGCGGAAACAAGGGACACUUCAAAGUCUGUUGUCGUAAAAGAAAAGCGGAAGAACCUUCUUUACGAAAUGAAAAUAAGAAGAGGGUAUAUGCAGUUAUCGAAUCCAAUGAUGAUAAAGCAGGAAGCGGUGUUUUCUUCGUGAAUGAUAACGGUCCUUCUGAGAUUUUGAAAUUUAUCGUCGGGGAUGUACCAAUUUCGUUGGUAGUUGACUCUGGAUCACCAGCGAAUAUAAUUCGAGACAGUACGUAUCAAAUACUUCAACGAAGUGGAGCAAAAAUCGUCAACGAACGGAAAGCAGAUAGAACGUUAAGCUUGGAAGCUUUUGCGUCGAACGAAAAAAUUCAGUUCAGUAUGGCCUUUGAAGCAGAAAUCAGAACACCAGAAGAGGAAAAUAGGAUCUGGGCUCAUUUUCUCGUUGCACCUAAAGGUCAAACUGAUUUGCUAAGCAAAGCAACUGCAUUUGCACUUGGAGUUUUACGAAUUGGAUAUAGUGUCAAUAUGAUUACUGGUACUUCCAAUACAAAAAAUACGGAGACUGAGUUUCCUAAGAUUCCCGGAGUCUCACUCAAAAUUCAUAUUGAUGAAUCAGUCAGGCCAGCAAUUCAAGCUCCAAGGAGACUUCCUAUCGCAAUGGAAGCUGCAGUAGAAGAGAUUCGCGAUCUUAUCGACAAGAAGAUCAUUGAGCGUGUUGAAGGCCCCCAGUCAUGGGUUUCACCAAUAGUUCCUGUUAGAAAGAGUGAUGGCAAAAUACGAGUUUGUAUUGAUAUGCGUGUAGCUAAUCAAGCGGUUAUUCGAGAACAUUAUCCUAUGCCAAACAUAGAUUCCGCGAUGGCAUCGAUCCCCAAAGUUGCCAAACUAUCCAAAGUUGAUCUAGAGUCUGCGUAUUACCAUCUUGAAUUGGAACCUGAUAGUAGAAAAAUAACUACAUUCGCAUGUCGGAGUGGUGUAUAUCGGUUUCGACGAUUGAUGUUCGGUAUCAAAUCGGCACCAGAACUAUUCCAGCGAGAAAUGGAGAAUUUGUUUCGCGGAAUCGAUGGUCUUAUUGUUUUUCUCCAUGAUGCUCUUAUUCACGGCAGUACAGAGAAAGAACAUGACGAAAGGCUGGAUGAGUUUAUGAAACGAGCAGAAGCAAAUAAUUUAAAGAUUAACAAGGCAAAGUCAGUUUUUGGUGUUAAAGAGGCAAUUUUCUUGGGACAUGUAGUUUCGGUACAUGGAAUUAGACCAACAAAUGACAAGAUACAGGCAAUUUUGGAUUUACAGCCUCCAAGCUUUAUGACAGAGCUUAAAUCUUUGAUGGGAACGAUAAACUUUGUCGGUAAAUUUAUUCCUAACUUAGCAUCAAUGACAGCCUGCAUGGGAGAGCUUCUCAUUAAGGAUACACCGUUCCUUUGGCGGGAUAAACACGACCAAGAGCAUAUAGAGAUAAAGGCUACACUAGGGAAGGUCGAGUCACUUGGGUUUUUCAACCCUGUUGACGAGACAUUACUUAUUACGGAUGCUAGUCCUGUUGGGGUUGGAGCCAUCAUGAUAACGUCUAUUCCCGACAGUCCAAACCCGAUCAUUCGUCGGUUUCCUACACAGCCGUGGCAAGAUCUCGCAAUGGAUUUCAAGGAAGGUUUACCGUUGGGGAAAUCUUUACUCGUGGUAGUGUGUUACACAAGCAGGUUCAUUCAAGUUGAAGCCAUGAAACCAGCUACUACCCAAAAAGUGAUCAGUGCGCUUUUGAGAAUGUUCGCGUUAUUUGGCGUACCACGUUCGAUCACAGCGGAUAACGGUCCUCAGUUUAGGUCAUCGGAACUUAAACAGUUUUGCACCAGUUAUGGCAUACAUUUGAAUCUUUCCACCCCGUAUUGGCCAGAACAAAAUGGAGCGGUGGAAAGACAAAUGAGGAACAUCGGACGAAGAAUCAAAAUCAGUACAAUUCAAGGAACAGAUUGGGAACAUGAUUUAAUGAGUUACCUACUCAUGUAUCAUGCCACACCCCAAGAAACAACAGGAGUUGCUCCAAGUAAGAUGAUGCUUGGUCGGGAGCUACUAACUACAAUGCCCUCAAUCAACAAGUGUAACAACCUCGAAUUGGAACCAAUGCGCGACAGGGAUAUGAUGCUGAAGGAAAAAAACAAGGCCAGAUCAGACGAACGGCGUCACGCGACAUCUCAUCAAUUGAAAGAAGGUGAUACGGUUAUUAUGCGCAAUCAGCAGACAGGAUCUUUGCAACCGACGUUUACAGCAGAAGAGUUUAAUGUUGCCGAGGUCAAUGGAAGUAAGAUAACUGUCAGGUCCAAGCAAUCGGGAAAAACCUAUUUUAGGAACAGUGCUCAUCUAAAAAAGCUACAAACCAGUGAAGAAGAUGUAACGGAGGAAGACAAUGGAAAACAGGAAAACUCAGAUAAUGAUAUGGUGACUGAUAGAGAAAUAAUCGCAAGUGAUAAGGAUAGAGUCAGUGAUCCGAUAAUUGAAGAACUAGAUAGAUAUCGUAGAAAGGUUAAGAAACCGGAAAGGUUCAGAGAUUUUGUGUUGGGGAAACCUUAG